AUGUACUUCUCCACGUCGCUCGUCGCAACCGCAGCGUUUGCCGGCUUUGCCCUCGCCAUUCCAUCCUAUCCCGAAGCGUAUGGUACCGGAAGCACUCAGACCGCAUACCAGCCGCAACCGACGAAAUACACCUGGCCCUCACCUCCGUCUGGCCCACCUCAUCAGCCAGGUCACUGGGGCCCUCCUGGCAGCCACCCUGGUUAUCCAGGCGGUCCAUCUACCGGUGCUCAGUGCCCAGGUGUUCAGCCCGACGGUUACUGCCUCUCAGAUGAAGACGCGGAGCAAGCUGCCGAUAUCUUCCGCGAGCUCAUCCAGAACUACUCAGAUGAGCUUGCCCUCGAGGCUCUGACUGAGGACUUUGUCGAUUGGUCUUCUGCCGUCAGCAUCAUUAUGAACGGGGGCGAUGGAGAGCCGGUCGAAAUCGAGAAGCCGACCUUCGUCGGGAGGCAAGCAUUCAUGGAUGCGCAGGGCAGCCAGCCAGAGAUCCCGUUCAAGAAGCUGCAGAGGUUCCACGGGUGUAACAGCGUUAGCAUGCGGUGGUUGACCCGUCGCUCGGCGAAUGGGCAGCCAACAGAGACUGCGAGGAUCCCUGUCGUGGGCAACGUCAUCAUCGAGACUGUCCAGGCCAAUCCUGGCGACAAAUACAACUUCCGGAUCAAGGCUAUAUUCAGUGAAUUCAACAGUGCAGCGUGGCUCGUCAACUUGGGCGUAUUUGUCCCGGAAAACGGCACUGAGGGUGACGCCGGCAACAAGCGCUCUCUGCCCGUCAACCUCCGUGGCCCAAUGCUCUAG